AUGCCAAUUAUUCCGACCACUCCACAGCGUGCAGCUAAACCUGCCCCCUUUUGUAUCAAAAGCAUCCUGGCAAACCGCAAGUCGUAUAGCCUUCUCACUGAUAAGACGUUUAACUGGCCGGCCACCUGCGAUGCCGCCCUAAUGAAGGAAGCAGUGGUUGAGGUCCCAAGGCUCAUGGACAAUUUCUUCGCUUGGUGGGUGAACAAAGUUUUCGCCCAAACUGAACUCCCUGGCUGGAACUCUUGGUAUUGUACUCUUGUUGCCGACCUCCACCGCUACCGCCAUUGGCACAAUGAAGACCUAGUUCGCUGGGAAUUCUCUGAAAUUGCAGCGGUCCUUGAUCCUAAGUACGCUGCUUUACGCAAGACAACUGUCUGGGUUUGGCGCCCGGAAAUGGUAGAGUGCAUCAAAGACUUGGAGGGGUUUUUGUGCGCUCCCGACGGCAUGAAGCUUGCCCGCUGGUUUACCUGGAACAGAGCAAUUCCUCAACAACCAACCAGCCCCCAAAUUGAAAAAGGGGUUGUGCCAUACAAGUUCACCUGCUUGUGCCUCCGAAGCCCCCAGGAUCCGGAAGUUAUCCAAUACGACGAAGAAUGGGAGUUCGAAUGGGGCGAGUAUGUCUCAUUCAAAACUGACUACUGGGGGGAGAAAAAGAAGAGUUUGAAUCUCCGAUUUCUCUUUGCUUGGUGUCUUCCUGUGGUUUAUCCUGACUUCUAA